UAUGUCGCGAGAAAAUAUGUGAACAUUUAUAAACAAAAUGGCAGCGGCUAAACUUACCACGAGCAUUUUGUUUUCUCGAAAUUUAAACCGACUUGGAAAGGGAAUUUACAUGUGCCGAAGUGCAUUUAUGAUGAGAAAAACAGCUGUCAAUCAGCUCUUUCCAGUUGAAUUCAAUCAAGCAAGUAGAUGGGUCAGCACAUCACCCAUAUGGUGCCAAAAGGAUAAUGCCAGUGAGGAAGACGAAUUAGAUGAUGACACAGAAGAGGUAAAAGAAGAUGGGCGUGUGCAUGUUACAUUUGCAGAGGCAAAAGCACCUGUAGAGGAAAGUAUCGCAUACAUGCAGAGUGAAGUAUUUAAAGAAAGAUAUGGAGAUUACCCUGUGUAUUUCUACUAUAGGCGUAACCAUAAGGGCAAUACACCACCACGAGUUACAAGACGAACUUGCAUUAAGGGCAACUUUGUAACAGCGGGCAAUCCCUGUCCCAUCUGCAGAGACAGGUUUCUUACUGUAGACUAUAGAAAUCUUGAUCUUCUGAAACAGUUUGUGUCAGAAGAAACAGGGGAGGUGCUGAAAGUUCACCAGACAGGCGUUUGCCGCAAACAACAAAAGAAACUCAUAUUUGCAGUAGAGAAGGCAAGAGAUUUAGGAUUCAUGCGAGCCCCAUUCCAUGACCGCUAUUAUAAUUACAAGGAAUACUAUCCACAUCUGACUGAGAAAGAUGUAGUACUGAAGACUCAGCCAAAGCCUCCACGUCCACGCGAUAGACGUUUUCUGACAUAUAUGGACAUGCUGACCAAGAAAUAUUUGAGAGAGAAAUUAAAGUACCAGUAGCACAUGAGAGAUGUUGUUUCAUUCUGUGACUGAAUAUUAGUAUUUCUUCUAGUAGAACUCGAAAGGUAUUCCCCAACAUUUGGUCUUGGCAAUGGAUUGUGGUACCUGUCAACUUUAACCUUGUACAAGAAUAUGAGCACAUUGAAGUAUCAGUUGGUGACUUUUUUUCAUAACAAAAUAUAUGUAUUUAACCAAUUUCAAGUCUUUCUGCAGAUGUUGUUCACAGGGUGAUCAAAAAAACUUUUCAUUUUUAUUUUAUUAUUUUUUUCAUUGCUUUACUUUAAAUAUUUUAAGUCAGCUUGUAUGUUGUAGUCAUGCUGUGUCGUAAAACAGUAUGUUAACUCGGAAUUAUACUACUAGAUCAAGACAAACCCAGAUGUUUAUGUCUGAAUAACUCGGAUUAGUGCCAAACAUCUAAAAAUGCAUAGAAACUGAACGUUAUUUUCCAGGAAUCCUAGACAAUAGGACUUUCUACAUGCCUGACAUUAAAAAUAGCUCCUUGAAAUUGGGAAUCUAGUGGUGUAGAUCAAAAAAAGAAAUAAAACUAUGGGUUAAGUUCUUUA